AUGGAUCCGGCUGUUACAAAUAUGGUAUCCAGAGCCUCAAGAGCAUCAUCCAUGGAGGAUUCUCCCGAUAGCUCAGACGAUUCAUCAUCUUCCACGCAUCUCUCUCUUCAUUCCAACAAACUAUCAAACACCUACAGUGCCUCAACCCGUUACCUAAACCUCACGAACCCUAACAAUCCUUUUCGCCUAGACAAUGGCGACAACCCAACCGUGAUUUUAGUCACGGAUUUCCUCACCAAUGAUAACUACAUUACCUGGUCACGUGCGAUGAGGAGGGCUAUCCGCGCGAAGAACAAGUUGGGAUUUAUUUCCGGCUCACUUUCUCAACCCACUGACCCAAAUGAUCCUCUUCUUGAUCUAUGGAACUGCUGCAACGACAUGGUAGUCUCUUGGCUACAAAAUUCCAUUUGUCCCUCCAUCAGAUCCAGCAUCGCUUUUGUUGAUGAUGCUCGUGAGAUCUGGAUUGAUCUUGAGGAUCGGCUUGCUCAUCAGAAUGGCCCGCGAAUCUACUAG